AUGCCGCCCUCCACGCCGCUGUCGGCGGAUUUGCCCCCGCUGAUAAUGGGCACUGCAACCUUCAAUUCACAGUACAACGCAAACCCCUACGCCCUACCAACGACCGAGCUUGUGCAGCGGGCCCUCGCGCGCGGUAUCCGCGCCUUCGACACCUCCCCAUACUACGGCCCCGCGGAGGAACUGCUCGGCCGUGCGCUGGCAACCGACUUUGUGCAGACCAAUUUCCCGCGCGACUCCUACCGUCUCCUCACCAAAGUUGGUCGAAUCGCUUCUGGCUCCUUCGAUUACUCGCCCCUAUGGAUUAGACACAGUGUACGCCGCAGUCUCCGCAGACUGCACACCAGUUACUUGGACGUGGUGUACUGCCACGACGUCGAAUUCGUCACCCCCGCCGAGGUUCUCACCGCUGUGCGCGAGCUGCGCCGUCUGCGCGAUGAGGAGGGCCUGCUACGCUAUGUCGGUAUCUCCGGAUACCCGGUAAACGUCUUGAGCGACCUCGCUGAGCUGGUACUCCGGGAGACGGGCGAGCCGUUGGACAUCGUCAUGUCGUACGCCAAUUUCACCCUGCAAAACACACGGCUGCGCUCGCUUGCGCUCCCGCGACUCCUCGCAGCCGGCGUGGACGUCGUGCCGAAUGCCUCGCCAUUGGGCAUGGGCCUGCUCCGUCGAGAUGGCGUACCCAUCGGGUCCAUGGGUGACUUCCACCCGGCGCCGAACCCGUUGCGCAGCGCAAUUCAUGAUGCCGCCGAAUGCGCCACGCGUCACGGCGAAAAGCUCGAGGUCAUUGCCAUCCGGUUCGCGCUGGAGUCGUGGCUGCGCGCAGGCGCGAAAGCAGGCGCACUCGGCGCCCCGCUCGCCCGGUCUGCCGAUGCGGAUCCGAGUUUUUUGUCCGUUGCCAACAUUGGUACUGGCCGCCGCCUCGGGGUCAGCGUCAUGGGCGUGAGUAACCUCGAAGAGCUGGAUGAGACGCUGCGCGUGUGGCACAGUAUCUUGGACGGACUGGAGAACUGGGACGAGGACGAGGACGGAGACGACUUCGAGCGCCAGCGCCAGUCUGUGCAGGCAUCCACGCCGCAAGAUUGCCCAUCCGGCGCGAUCCCAACGUCAGUACCCCACGCCUCGACCAUCCUCACCCCUUCUGAGGGUCUGAUCACAGACCGUGCCUGGUCGCACACGCGCCGCGCGCAUAUCCUCCAAUUGACCAAAGAAGUCCGGGAUAUCCUAGGCGCUGAAUGGGUUGAUUACGUGUGGGCGAGUCCGCCGGAGGGCUUCAAGAACAUCCUAUCCGAGGAGCACAUUGCGGCUAUGCGGAAGAUCGCUGCGGAAGGAGAUAUCGAGUCUGCUGCGGAGGUCUCCCCUCCCAGUCCUCUUUCCGGGGACGACGAGGCGAUGCCGACGCCACCGCUCGACGCGGAACGGCAGCUGGCAUGA